AUGAAUCAACUGCUCUUUGAACGGUCCACCGGCAACCUCGGGCCCAAUGGCUUUGCCAGACUGCAGACAACUCAGCUCUUGAGGUCGUUCCGACCAGCGCCACAGUUCCGCUUCGACGGCGGCGAGAGAGGUACCGCUGUCCACGAUGGCGAGGCCGGCCCACCAGGAGCUGCCUCCUCGAUAUGGGCCCACCAGUCUGGCGUGAAUGCCCUGGCGCUCGAGCGCUUCGACGGAAGAAUCCUCGUCUCAGGCGGAUCCGAUGCCUCGAUAAAGCUUUGGGACCUCGAGCAAUGCGGCAAUCCAUCAAAACCGCACAAGUUCGCCCCAAUAGCCCAUAUCCGCCGCUCCGAGAAAGCCCAUAGAUUCGGUAUCACGCACCUCUCCUUCUACCCCUUCGACUCGGCCGCCUUCCUCUCGACGUCCUACGAUAAGACAUUGAAGCUCUGGUCCACUGAAGGGACCCAGCUCUCGGCUUCGUUCACUCUGGGGACAAAGAUUUACACGCAUGCUAUAUCGCCCAUAGCUUCCCAUCUGCUGGUAGCCUGUGGGACGCAGCACCCUGCGGUUCGUCUCGUAGACCUGCGCUCUGGGUCGAAUGUUCAGUCUCUCGCCGGUCAUGCAGGGGCCGUCCUAGCCACGGCCUGGUCCCCUCGUCACGAGCAUAUCCUGGCCACGGGCAGUGUAGAUGGAACGGUGAAAAUCUGGGAUAUACGACGGGCAGGUGGCGUUAUUGGGAUGCUCGAUCAUGAGGACAGCCUGGGCCUGCAUUAUAACGGAAUGCUUGGCCAGGACGGCAAAGUCAGGGUUCGUGCUUCAGCAAAAGCUCACACAGCCCCUGUCAACGGUCUCACAUGGACGGACGACGGUGGUUACAUCAUCUCGGCUGGACACGACAGGCGCAUCCGUGUGUGGGAUGCCGCCAACGGGAAAAAUACGCUCGCGAGCUUUGGGCCCAGUAUCAAUAACAGCCAGCUCACCAGCGUAUCCAUGUUCACCUCUCCAGUGGGACUAACGCAUCCUGGGAAGGAGCUCUUGUUCUGGCCAAAUGAAACGGAGAUACUGGUCCUGGACCUACACGAUGGGCAUAUUAUCACCAAGUUGCGAGGCACGGGUCCGGCAAUUGCCGGCGUGCGAUCCGGCACCGGUGCUGAGCGGUCGGUGAAGAACCGUAUCACUAGCAUCGUAUGGAGAGGGGCCGGCGGCGGCGGAGGCUCCAGUGGCGUGGCCAUGGGUGGGAGCAACAUGUCUGGGGCUAUCUAUAGCGCACACCUCGACGGUCAGAUCCGAACUUGGGCACCCCAGCUGGAAGAUGAGGACAACGAAGACGAGGAUGAUGGUCUGGACGAGGUUGGCGAGGAGAAGGCCAAGAAGCGCAAGGCGCUGGAUGACGUGUUCAAGAGCUUGAUGGGCAAGAAGAUCACCUUCUCUUAG